GCCCCCGUUUACAAUCCGCAGCCAUCGGAGUAGUUAGGCGGGCGGGACGUCCCGGGGGACAGUGCCGCAGCUAGCGUGAGGGCGAGGGGGCGAGGAGAGGCGUGUGGCGGGCGCGUCCUCGGCUGGGGUAGUGGUAGUAAAGCUCUCAGCGACAGCGGAGCCCUCGGGCACUCAGGAUGGUCCAGCGUUUGACAUACCGUCGUAGGCUCUCCUACAACACAGCCUCCAACAAAACUAGGCUGUCUCGAACCCCUGGCAACAGGAUUGUUUACCUUUACACCAAGAAGGUUGGAAAAGCACCUAAAUCAGCAUGCGGUGUGUGCCCAGGCCGACUCAGAGGGGUUCGUGCUGUGAGACCGAAAGUCCUCAUGAGAUUGUCUAAGACAAAGAAGCAUGUCAGCCGGGCCUAUGGUGGCUCCAUGUGUGCCAAGUGUGUCCGUGACAGGAUCAAGCGGGCUUUCCUUAUUGAGGAGCAGAAAAUUGUUGUGAAAGUGUUGAAGGCACAAGCGCAGAGUCAGAAAGCGAAAUAAACGUGCGGCUUUUUUAAUAAAGGUCAAGGCUUGGUCUGUG